UUGCCAGUUAGUUCAAUUCAAACUUUCGUCUAGUUGAGACGUUCAUUUCUCCUGGUUAAAGCGACUUAACUUUACGUAAAAUUUUACUACGGUUUUAACAAUUUUAUUUUGUAAAAAUACAACAAGUCAUAGUGUUCAAAUUAGUGUCUAGUGAUACUUUAGCGCAGUUUUAGUGAAGUUUCCUCAUAAACUUUGUUAAAAAUACUUUUGAUCGUGAUUAGGAAGAUUUUUUUAUUAAUAGUAUACUGUUUUUCGAGUUAUAGUGCAGAAUUUCGACUAUAGUGAUACUUUAGAACAUUUUAAGUGAUUUUUCUUGCAAAUAUAUGGAUAGAAACAAGGAUUUUUAUUGAAAAGAAUCAAAUUUUGUCGUAUUUUGUGCAUUUUUCGAGAUAAUUUUAUGAACUUAGUGCAAAAUUUGCUCCAAUUGAACAACGUGCACCAAAAUGAUGUUGAUUGUUGCUGUUUUGGUGGCGGCGCUAUGCUUGGUUUACGCCCAAGAAGAUCAGUCAUCAUCAAGGAUCAACAAUCCAAGAAGUAAAGUACCCAUGGCACAAAAUUCUGAAAAUCUUCGGUGUUUUUGCAACCUACCACGAUGCGUAGCUACAGGGUACCUUUGCAAGUCAGACAUGGGCGGCUGUUUCUCCAAUUUUGUUGACUUCAAGAAGUCAGCAGGUCAUCAUGGAUGCAUAGAGUUUCUCACUGCACCCGAUAGAAAUAUUUGCCUGUUGAAGCAAGAAUAUCCAGCGGCUGAAGUUAAACCACUCCUAAAUUGCUGUUCCAGUGAUUUAUGCAACCACGUAGACAGUCCGGUAGCGAAGAAUAUACCGAACAACACUUUCGCAGAGGAAGACUCGGUGGGUAAACAACAACAAAACAAUCAAGAACAGAUGAUGUACACGGACACAAACAUAUGGUUCAGAGUUGCCACAAUAGCAGUACCGAUUUGUGGAGCAAUCAUACUGUUCGUUUUGAUCGCCUUGGCUGUGAAAAUACUCAAAAACGAAAACAGAAACUCACUUCAAAAUAAACUCAGCGGUGGCAUGUACGGAGUGAUGCUGACUAAGCGCAAAGACAGAGGUACUUCCAAACAGAGCCAGUACCCUUCUAGGAACCCGCUCUACAGCCAAGCCUUCCACGACAGCAGACAAGAAGACCUACGCAACGAGGCUCCGGUACAGGUUCCUCUGUUAAUCGUCAAAAAUGAAAUCAAGACCAGUAGAAGACCCCCUGGUCCAGUAAAUGAAAGUACCAAAAACGACACAAACUCCAAAUUGGACAAAGAAUCGCGGCAAAUUAAUUCGUCGAAUAACAUCGUUCUAGUAAUAGAAAAAGAAAGGUUGGACUAUGAAACUAGUCAUAAUAUAGUCGAAAACAGCAAAGAAAAAUGUUGUGGUACCGAAAAAGAGUUUUUAGCGUAAAAACUUGGUUAAUCGAUCUUAAUUUUAGUAAUCUCAGACUUACAGUUAGUCUCGUUAUGUCAGAAAUACAAAAAACUGAUCGUAUCGUCAUGAAUAAAUAUAUAAAAAACAUCGGGAAAUAUCUAGCUCUAUUUUGUUAAGGAUUAUUUGGGGUAAAUGUUAAUUUUUGGCAAGUUUUUACGUAAAUUUUCACUAAAUGACAUUUUUUUUCACUAUCCUACCGACUGCGCCAUUUAAAUUUAACUUCUUCACAUGGAAAAAACACGGAGCGAUUAACAAUGAUUGUUGUUGCUAAAAAACACAAAGAACAAAGAAAAAAAACUAUUUAAAAUAUCUAAAUACAAAUAUUCAAAACACUUUAGUUUUUUUCAACAGAUACCUUUAUUAAAAACCGUUAAGUUCUGUUAAAAUGACAUUAUGUCAAGAUAAACGGUAAAAUCAAAAAACCUCAAACAUUUUGUAUGAUUAUUCUUUAAAAUCAAAGAACGAUAGCCAUACUAACCUCUCCAGAUGUUUUAGGAAUACAUUUAUUUUAUAUUUGACUGUAUUAAAAAAACCUCUUUUAUUUUAGCGUUGUAACAAUCUACUCUGUGCCGUGUGUCAUAGGUUUAUGUCUGUUUUUAUGUCCGUUGGGCAAAUCUGUUUAUUACUAGCGAUGGGAACUAUCGAUUGAAUUAGACUAUCGAAUGGUUACUGAAUGAAUGAUUU